CUCAAUGCUCGGUGCGCUUGUUUCCACACCGAGCAUUUUAAGGGACGGACCCAUUGCCUUGCGCUUUCAAGCCGACCGGACUUCCGCUGGAGACAUGAAUCCUGAAGAUGCAGGAGAAGCUGCAGCUGAGUUGCAAGGCAAAACCGUGGAUGGCUGGGGCCUCCUUCAGAUUGCUGCCGGCACCGGCCUGACUGCUUACGUCGUCUGGGCAGGGAUUCUUAUGCCAGGAUUCCGCAAAGUGCCUUUAAAGCUGCAGGUGCCUUAUGUUCCAGCAAGUAUCAAGCAAGUGGAGAAUGUCAUGUCGCUGCUGAAAGGACGCUCAGGAAAGAUGGUUGAUUUGGGAUCUGGAGACGGCAGAAUUGUAUUGGAAGCCUACAAGCAAGGCUUCAGGCCAGCCAUCGGCUACGAACUCAAUCCAUGGCUCUUGCGACGGUCCGGCUAUCAUGCCUGGAAGGCCGGCUGCUACGGAAAGGUCUCUUUCCUUCGAGAAGAUCUUUGGAAGGUGGAUCUCUCAGACUGCAAGAAUGUAACAGUGUUUCUGGCUCCCAGUGUGUUACAUACCACCCAGGUCAUGCUAAGUUUUUUGGUGAAUUUUGACACACCAAGUGCAAAAGGUUGCCCAUGAUUGAUCUACUGCCAUCCAAGUAACAGAAACUAGCAUCCAAGCAGGGUCACCUUCAUCUGCAGUUCGUGGAGCUGGCCUUCCAGGUUCGCCUUGUCUUCCCGGAGUCGGUUCAGCUCUUGAGAAGUGUUGGUCAGCAACUCGGCAUCGGUGAUGCUGAAAUGGUGUUCUGGUGGGCCAGGAUCCAAAAUAUUGCUGCCCAGGCACCGGAUUUGUUCCCGCUGCAUCCUGCCACCAACAAGAAGCAGUUAUUGGUAGGCUGGGAAAAAUGGCCUAACUACAAAGAAGUUGUAAAGAAAAGUAAUGGUACCUAUGCUUUGGAAACUUUAGAAGAAAUAAAGCAAAUCCAUGAAAACUUCUCGUGGUUCCACUAUAUACAGUUAAAAGAAUAUUAUAAGAAAUACAAAGACAUUGGUUUUAUGGAUAAAGAAAAAUUUUGGGAACAGAAAAAAAAUGAGUUAGCAAAAUAUAUAAGAAACUCGCUGUGCCCGGCCACGCAUUGCUAUGGCAUAGUCUGGUGGUUAGGAUCUCUCUGGUUAGGAAGCAGCCUGGCUUUGAAGCUGCAAGGCUGUUCAGUGCUAUUCAAGGUGGACAACGGAGGAUCCCUCUGGUUAGGAAGCAGCCUGGCUUUGAAGCUGCAAGGCUGUUCAGUGCUAUUCGAGGUGGGCAGUGGAGGAUUCUUCUGGUUAGGAAGCAGCCUGGCUUUGAAGCUGCAAGGCUGUUCAGUGCUAUUCAAGGUGGACAACGGAGGAUCCCUCUGGUUAGGAAGCAGCCUGGCUUUGAAGCUGCAAGGCUGUUCAGUGCUAUUCAAGGUGGACAACGGAGGAUUCUUCUAGUUAGGAAGCAGCCUGGCUUUGAAGCUGCAAGGCUGUUCAGUGCUAUUCAAGGUGGCCAACGGAGGAUCCUUCUGGUUAGGAAGCAGCCUGUCUUUGAAGCUGCAAGGCUGUUCAGUGCUAUUCAAGGUGGCCAACGGAGGAUCCUUCUGGUUAGGAAGCAGCCUGGCUUUGAAGCUGCAAGGCUGUUCAGUGCUAUUCAAGGUGGGCAGUGAAGGAUUCUUCUGGUUAGGAAGCAGCCUGGCUUUGAAGCUGCAAGGCUGUUCAGUGCUAUUCAAGUUGGUAAGCAAUUGUGGGUUUUAUGUUAUUUGGACUUUAUUUUUCAAGGUUUUUUGAUUGAAAAACAUAGAUUGGAUGACUAUGUCUUUUGUGGCCAAAUUUGGUGUGAUUUGGUCCAGUGGUUUUGUUGUUUAUUCCAUGGGGAAAAUGCACAUUACAUUUAUAUAACUAUACUAGCUUUGCCCGGCCACGCGUUGCUGUGGCUUAUGGGAAUACUUUGUUGGCCAGAUGGAAUAGCAGUAAAUAGCCUUGCAGCCUCAAAGCCUGGCCGUUUUCUGGAGUAGCUGGAGCUUUUUGUUGUAUGAACGUAGAGGCAUGGAUGAGGGGUUGUGCUGCCAAGUUUAGUGUUUCUGGGAUGUGUAGUUUUGUUGUUUUGUCCUAGGAUGAAAUUUCAUUACCCUUUUAUAUAUAUAGAUAUUAUUGGAAUGGAAUAUGGAAACUGAACAAGUAAAAUAAUGUGUAUAUUAGAUGUCCAAUAAAGAUGGAGGAAUGGGAACGAAUGUGGGAUUAUAAAUUGAAAAUUAUUUGUUCAAUUGACAUGAAGGAAAACUGGUACAAAAUGAUGUUCCAAUGGUAUAGAACACCACAACUCAUAAAAAUAGUCAAAACAAAUGCUGUACGCGCGAAAUACAGGAAGGCACUUUCUACCAAAGAGUUUUGGAAGGAGAUCCAUGAAAGAAUUCCAAAGAUUUUAAAGAUGAAAAUAGAAUUAAAACCGGAAUACUUCCUGCUGGGAAUAAUAGACAUAAAUAUGGAUGAAACAUCUGGAUCGUGUUCCAACGCUCAAUUCACAAUGCCGUGUUGGCCUCAUUUUCUGCUCCUACCUGUAGGCAACCAGCAGCCCUUCGUGCCUUUUGACCACGUUCUGCAGGCGUUUCUUAUAGCCUCGGGCGGCUCCAGCCAGCUGCUCUUCCCGGGACUUGUAGGAUGCCCGGAUGUCCUUCAGCAUGUUGUCCACAAAGCGCUUCAUGUGAGCAGGCUCUGACGGGGCUUUGCCAGCCUUUGUUGCUGAUUUGUUAUCCAUGUAUUCCUUGAAAAACACAGGGUUUGAGGAAGGCUGGGUUAUUCAUAGUGGAACUUCAGGACUCUUGCUAUGAGGGCAGGACCUGAACCUGCCACUCGUUGUCCUCCAGCCAGGAGGAAAUGCUCACCGCCAGGUCCGUGAUGUAUUGAACGAGCCGCGAGCGAUACUCUUCGACCAACUCCUUCAGUCUCAGCUGCAGCCGGGAGUUCUCUGCCUCAACUUCUUGGAGUUGGCUUUGAGAAGAGAGCAACACCUGGGGUCCAAGCAAAGGAAAACAAGAAAUCUUGAUUAUUGGGCAGCCCCUGUUUUAGAAGAUUCUUCAAAACGUACAUGUUCUGCAAAGCCUUCUCUCCUCAUUGUUAUUAAUCUAGACCAGUGAUGGCCAACCUAUGACACGCGUGUCAGCACUGACACGCCUAGCCAUUUUUGCUGACACGCUGCCGCUUGCAGAUUGAUUGGGUGACUUAUGUCUUUUGUGGCCAAAUUUGGUGUGAUUUGGUCCAGUGGUUUUGUUGUUUACUCCAUGGGAAUUAUGCACAUUACAUUUUUAUUAUAUAUACAGUAGAAUCUCACUUAUCCAACACUCGCUUAUCCAACGUUCUGGAUUAUCCAAUGCUUUUUUGUAGUCAAUGUUUUCAAUAUAUCGUUAUAUUUUGGUCCUAAAUUCAUAAAUACAGUAAUUACUACAUAGCAUUACUGCGUAUUGAACUACUUUUUCUGCCAAAUUUGUUGUCUAACAUGAUGUUUUGGUGCUUCAUUUGUAAAAUCAUAACCUAAUUUGAUGUUUAAUAGGCUUUUCCUUAAUGCCUCCUUAUUAUCCAACAUAUUCACUUAUCCAACAUUCUGCCAGCCCGUUUAUGUUGGAUAAGUGAGACUCUACUGUAUAUAUAUAAUUUUAUUAUUAUUCUAUUAUUAUUGUAUUUAUUUAUUAGCUACAUUUAUAUGCCGCCCUUCUCACCCCGAAGGGGACUCAGAGCGGCUUACAAAUUAAAUUUACAUACAAUAUUAUAUUAGCAUAGUACAAUACUGGUAAUAAAUUAUUAAAUUGUUCUGUAUCAAUAUAUUGUAAUAUUAUUAGUAAUAUUACAUGUAAUAUUAUAUUGUAUUAUUAGUAUUUUAUCGUAUUACAAUAUAAUAUGAAUAUUAUAUGUGUAUACAAUAUGUUAUAAUUAUUAUAUAUUAUUGUAAAUUAUAUUGUAUAUACUGUAUAUGUAUAUAAACACACACACACACACACAUAUAUAUAUAUAUAUACAGUAGAGUCACACUUAUCCAAGCUAAAUGGGCCAGCAGAAGCUUGGAUAAGCGAAUAUCUUGGAUAAUAAGGAGGGAUUAAGGAAAAGCCUAUUAAACAUCAAAUUAGGUUAUGAUUUUAGAAAUUAAGCGCCAAAACAUCAUGUUAUACAACAAAUUUGACAGUGAAAGUAGUUCAAUACGCAUUAAUGUUAUGUUGUAAUUACUGUAUUUACGAAUUUAGCACCAAAAUAUCAUGAUAUAUUGAAAACAUUGACUACAAAAAUGGCUUGGAUAAUCCAGAAGCUUGGAUAAGCGAGACUCUACUGUAUAUAUAUGUAGUAUAUUAUUAUAUUAAUACUAUUAUAUUAUUAUAUUAUUCAUUAUUCAUGACUACAUUGAAACUAGAAUAGAGAGAAAUCAGCGUGGAAACUGCAAGAGGUACCAUAGAUUGUUGUACAUGGAAAUAAUGGUAGUAAAUAGUUUUUGAUUUAUUAAAUACAGUUAUAUAUUACAAUUAUAUAUUUUUGUUAUUUAAACUAUAUAUAUUGUGAAAUUAUGGUUCUUUUCUCGAAGUGACACACCACUCAAGUCAUGCUAGAUUUUUUGGUGAAUUUUGACACACCAAACGCAAAAGGUUGCCCAUCAUUGAUCUAGACCAGUGAUGGCCAACCUACUGUUCAAUGCUAAGGCUUCCCUGUCUGUGCAGGGUUCCAUACUUCGCACUUUAACAACACAACCGUUCAAUGCUAAGGCUUCCUGCCAAAUGAAACUGUAGAGGAGAGUCUACUGGACAAGCCAGGACCUGCAGCAGACCAGGACUGCCAUCUGUUGAGGAGUUACGAAGGUGGAGGCCUUACUUUUCAUUCAACCCUCGUAUUUGGAGCCCUCCUUACCUCCGACUGCUCUGCCAGCUUGUGCUGCGUGCUCCGGAUCUCCUUCUUUGCUUCUUGGAGCUCCUUCCCCAUUGAAACCCUAGACACACAAAGGACGCAAGCAACACAACACAAGAUGAGUGGAAGUGGAUUUUGUUAACAGACAAUGCAAAAAAUGUGAUUUGCAAGACAAAUAUAGGUGUGAGUGUGAAACACUGUGUGAGCUCAAGUCAUACUCUGGGUUAAUGGCAGACUAAGUUGGCCUUACUCACAUUCUCUCCUCUAAUUUCUGCUGCUGGGAGUGAUACAUUUCUUUCAUCUGUUCAAUCUCUCUGGUGAAGUGAUCUUGGUUUCCAAAGACCUGGGAGAAGGAGACAACGAUGCAUCAGAAAGUGUUUUGUCCCAUAUUGAAGACACAGUAAACCGUAGGCUGGAUCAAAUGAUCAAUCUGACUUCAUUGAGUAAAUAUAAACUUAGCCAUGGAGUUGAUGUGCGGCAUCAAAAAUCAGUCUAAUUCCGACAGAAAUGUAUCAAUAGCAAUACAACCGUUCAAUGCUAAGGCUUCCCACCAAAUGGAACCGUAGAGGAGAGUCUACUGAACAAGCCAGUCCCUGCCACAGACCAGGACUGGCAUCUGUUGAGGAGUUACGAAGGUGGAGGCAUUACUUUUCAUUCAACCCUCGUCUAAUGCAGUUGAAAUGCAUAAUAUGAUUAAACACAAGCACUAUAAUGCAGUUUCCAACAGUGUAGAUGACAGUGUAGAUGGGGUUCAGUUGUCGUACUCCUAUGGAAUGCUGGGUUUUGUAGUUGCAUGAAGAACCAAGAGCUGAAAGAUCCAGCUUCUGGUCAAACUACAGUGUUGUCAAAGCGAUCUCGCUUGAGUAAACAUCACAACAAUCAUAUUACUCACGCUUUUCUCCAAUUUCUGUCGUUCAUAUUCGGAAGCCACUACGUCUUCAGGCUCCAGGGGAAAGACACAGAAAAGGAGCAAGCAUUAGAUUUCUGUCGAUAAGGGAGAGGCAGAGUUUUGGCAAAGGUGACCAUUAGACAUGUCCAAAAAAUCGUUUUGAAUCGUAUAUCGGAAUUAUUUCGGAUUGUUCUCGCUUUUUGAUACGUAUUCCGAGACAAUUGUCUCACAGCGCAACCAGCAAUGUAAUUCGAACCAUUGUUGGCUCAUUCUCUAAUUGUCUCUUAAUGUUUUGUUAAUUCCCCCCCCCCCCCCAAUUUUUUAAAAUAUAUUUAAAAAAAAUUUUUUUUUUUGUUUCUGAAACCUACCUUGAAUGGGAGCUUAGCGCAGCCUAACAUGGCUGCCACUCCCCGGCCAAUCAAAAGCUUCCAUGAUGGACGCAAAGGUGGGGGCUAGGGUUGAUGAGGAUAGCUCAAGAAAUGAGGGCGGGAGAGCCCUGUAAAAGUCCCCCCCCCCCCGGUUCCUUCUCUUUUUUUUUGGUGAUUGCACAUGUGCAGUUUUAGAAACAUUUAGAAUCAUUACGAAUUUUUGGAAAUAUCCGAAAUUUUGGGGUGAAAAAAAUCGGAAAUACUUUCUAUAUCGAAGUGCCAGCGCCCCCUACUUUAGAAACGAGAAUUGAAACUUUUUUUUCAUCGAUCGGACAUGCCUAGUAGUCAAUAGUUUUUGAUUUAUUAUAAACAGUUAUAUAUUACAAUUAUAUAUUUUUUUGUUAUUUAAACUAUAUAUACCUGUGUACGGCUGUUCUGCCUUAUCAUAGCUGUGAUAACAAUAAACAUUGCUUUUUGCAUCUCUCACGAGACUGGGUUUUUGGCUUGAUUUCCCUCCUGGGCCAGGACCCAUUGAAGGUCUUACAAUGUGGCAGCCAAGGAGGCUGAGAGAUUAUGGAAAGUGCUGUCCCAAAAUGACAUGGUUCCCAACUUUUGUGGAAGUGCCGUUUGUAGGAAUGGGUAUGGCUCCAGCAAAGAGACAUACCUUCACUCGGUGGGCAGAAAGACGCCGGACCAAAGCACGCACCCGUUUCAGCUCCUCGGAUGGCUCAUCCAUUUCGGUGUUGGGUUUGGGGAGGUCGCCCCGCAUAUGGUUGAGGGAAUUAGCUAGGCUGAGUAGCUCUUUGCUCAACUCUUCAUUCUUAGCAAUCUAUAAAAGUGAGCAGCCACUUCACCACAUUGCCUAAAUUCCACCGAGUGCUACACUUAAAAUUCGGGAAGCCCCUGUGUAACGAAGUACGAAUUUUUGGUAUACAAAUGUUAUGUUUAAUUGUGGGUUUAUGUUUUAAAAAGGUAAGAAUUACAGUUACUGCAUCUCAGCACUCAGAGACUGGUUGCCAUGGAGAAGUAGGUGGAACCAACUGCCGGUUAGCUGAAGAACUGCAGAGUUUAAAAAGGAGAGUCAGUCUGUGCUCUGAUGAGGCACAGGGAAGAUUGAUCCUAGGUUGAGGGGAUCAGGGAGACUCAAUUGUACAUUUUGAGUCAGUUUAAAAUAAGUUUGGUGACUUAUUUAAUAUAAUCUGUGUCCUGGAAAGGAACAGAGAAUCUGUGAUAGCAUAUCACAGGGGUGACUGUGGUAUAAAAGUGGCAGAUGAAUAGGGUUUAACUACCUUAGGUAAAAUAAGUAAUACUUUAGAGAGUUGAUUCAUCUUAUUCUGGAAUUGUAACUGUUAAUAAGAAUACCUCUACGUGAGAAACAAUACUGUAACCACUAAGCUCUGUGCCUGAAUAAACUUGUUCUUGUUUUUCCAACA